AUGGACAUGGACAUAGAUGCCAAGUUCAAGCUCAGGCUCGAGCAAGCCGUCAUCGACUCCGGGGCAUACGAGAUCAUGAUCGAUAGUGAACCCCACGCCAACUUGGUGGCCGAGGUGUGCCGUGACUUGGGUCUCCCGACACCUGGACCAGAGGCAGCUGAGCAACGGCGCGUUUCUGGCCUAGACAAUCUUCAGCGUCAUCUUGGGCUCUCGGCGCCGCCAUUUGAGUUUCCUCUCAUCGCCAAGCCCAUCAUUGGCACCAGGAUCAUGUGCGUUUCCGAAGUCUCCAACGUCGACGAGCUCGGUACGGCUGUCGAAAAGGACGGCCAAAUCGUCAUGGGACAUCAAGACACUCUUCCUAUCGUCCUCGAGGCCUUGAUCGAGCCUUUCGCGAGAUCCAUACGAGCCUCGUCAAUUAUCCGCGACCUCCAGGGUGCACUGGAUCCAUGA